AUGCAACAAUAUCACAAGAUGCAUGAAGAAUAUCCGGUGGUGGCCUUUUUGGAUAUCAAAGCGGCGUAUGAUUCAGUGGACAGAUCCGUGAUUUGGGGUGCUCUUGCCAAUCAUCUCGAACCAGCUUUAUUGGAUCUUCUUAAAAACAUGUUUGACGAGGUGCUGGUCACCGUCAUCAUGCAGAACUACGAGUCAAGAACUAUCAGACCUCGGCGUGGCAUGUUGCAAGGAUCCAUCUUGAAUCCCAUCUUGUAUGCGGUAUCCAUUGAUGACCUUCCUCGUCGUAUUCGCAAUGGCUUUCAACAAGCACCUACGUUGACCAACACACUAACAGUGUCGACACCAUCAACAUCCACUGUUAGCGAAGCUGCACUCCAAGAUCAAGACCGUGUCUCUCUCCGCAAUCGUUCUCGACGCACAUACCUUCGGGCAACUAUUCAUCUCCUAUUGUAUGCUGAUGAUGUUGCAUUAGUUGGCUCAUCCGAAGAAAUUCGCUUGUUGCUGGCAAUGACCGAAUUGCAUUCUGAUCACUUUGGCUAUCGUUGGAGUCCUCCCAAAUGUGCCAUCCUCAAUGCUCGUCCUGGUGUGCGAUAUAAGCUUUACGGCCAAAUAUUGCCAUCAGUUGACUUCUUCAAGUACCUUGGGAUCCCAUUCAACAACAAAGGCAUCGAUGUCGAUCGUAUGCUUCAAGCAGCUGCAACAAAAGGUGUUAGUGUCAUGCUACUCCUGCACUCACUUGGUGCACACACAACUAUCAUCCACAUCACCGCCACCAAUAUCAAGCUUCUGGAACGUGCACAAGAUCGCUGUAUACGACUUGCCACCAAUGUCACCGAUCCACAAGCCCACACACCAACUGUCACUGCCAAAGCCAUGGCCGACUUACCUACAAUGAAACUUCGAGCUCGCAUUCUUGAGUUCAAGUUUGUACUUCGUGCCCAUGAGCUACCGCCUUCCACAUUGCUUGCCUCCAUUGUCGAUACAUUGCUUCGGGUUAACCACCCAUUCAAUUGUUGGGAAAACCUGAAAAGGAUAGACCUUUGGCGCGACUAA